AUGAUAGGAGUCAUAGAAUUAAAGGAUAGGCACACAUCCGAUAAAUUAGAACUGUGGUUGCUCGAAAUAGUUCAAAACUGGGAUAUUAAUUUGGAGAGUAUAGUUGUUGUUGUUUCUGACAAUGCUUCUAAUAUAACAAAAGCUAUAGAAAAUGUUUUUGGCAAAGAAAAACGUGUAGUUCUUUCGGAUUUAUUGCGAGAACAUUCCGACUUAAAAUUAAUCCAAAGCGUUGAAACCCGCUGGAAUUCUACUUUUGAUAUGCUUCAUCGAUUUAUCCAAUUGUCCGACAAAAUUGGACUAAUACUUUUGCAACAUCCUACAGCUCCAUCAAUGUUAACAGCAUUGGAAUUACAAACUGUAAGAGAGUUUGUACAAUUAUUGGAACCAUUUAAAACAGCAACAACUAUGCUUUCUGGUGAAAUGUACGUUACUGGCAGUCAAGUAAUACCGAUAUUACAUACAUUAGCAAAUCAAUUAGAAUUAUGCAAACCUAUUAGUGAAGAGGGACAACGCAUGAAAGUAAUUUUAACACAAGAACUUCAGGCACGGUUUAGAAAUGUUGAAUCUAAUUCUCUUCUUGCAAUUGCUACUAUUUUGGAUCAUAGAUUCAAAAAAAUUCAUUUUGUAGAUAAAAUUGCAUGCAGCCAUGCGGUAAACAAAAUAACGAAUAUUUUAAAUACUACUAAUCAAGAAAAUAUACAAGAACAGGAGGAAAAUAAUUUGUCUGAAUCUGUAAAUCAAAGUGGUGCUUUUUGGGCUUAUCAUGACGUAUUAAUAAAAAGAUGUAAAGAACGUGUUGCUUUUACUAGUGCAAACAAUGAAAUGCCAGAUGAAUUUAGAUAUUAUAUUAACCAGAUACCUAUUAAUAUAAAUGAAUGCCCGUUAAAAUAUUGGCAAAAUCAAUCGUUUUCCUCAUUAGCGACAUUGGCUAAGCGUUAUUAGCGACAUUGGCUAAGCGUUACCAUAAUAGCAACGUCUGUUCCGUCCGAACGUCUGUUUUCUCGAGCGGGAAAUAUUUUAAACGAUUUGCGAAAUCGGCUUACUGGGCAACAUUUGCAACAGUUAUUAUUUUUAAACUCGCUUUCAAUCGAAGAUUGGCAUUUGUAAAGUCUCUUUAUGGUUGAAACUACAUUUGUUGUAUAAAUAGAAUACUUUACAAGAGUGUCAAUCUUCAAUAAUCAUACUCAAUAAGUCGAUAGUAUAUCAGAAUCCAUUUCGUUUCGUUUUCAUUCUUAAUAUAAAAAAAAUAAAUUUUCCUUGAUUAAUUUUUCUCGAGCGGGAAAUAUUAAAUGAUUUGCGAAAUCGGCUUACUGGGCAACAUUUGCAACAGUUAUUAUUUUAAAACUCGCUUUCACUCGAAGAUUGGUAUUUGUAAAGUCUCUAUGGCUGAAAUUACAUUUGUUGUACAAAUAGGAUACUUUACAAGAGUGCCAAUCUUCAAUAAUCAUACUCAAUAAGUCGAUAGUAUAUCAGAAUCCAUUUCGUUUCAUUUUCAUUUUUAAUAUAAAAAAAUAAAUUUUCCUUGAUUAAUUUAAUUUAAGUU